AUGCCGCAAUGGGCCGCCCAGGCAGCAUAUCCACCAAAGCUUGGAGGGAUUGGCGGGCUUCAGAACCUCCGUAAGACCUUCUAUCGCCUCGGGAUUCUGAACUAUCAUGGAUCACAUCAUCAAAUCCGUCUUGCGGGUGCUCCGCAAGCUUCAUCCAUAGCCGCCGUGAUCCAUCGCAGCAAGCCUGGACUGCUCAAACGGGCAGUAGAGUCACCUAGUGAGCUCACCAACGCUGAGAUCGCGCUCCGCCAGGCACGAUACUGGAAGGGCUAUUCGUGGAACGAGAGUCGUGCACGAGAGAAAGCUCGUGAAGCGCUGAACCCCGGUGCUUCCUGGAACAUUCAAGGCCGUUACGAGGACCUCUGCAGGCACUUGGACGAGGUCAGAGCGCCUCUGUACGAGGCGAAUGAGCUGGAAGCAUUCGAAAACCCCCAGAAAGAAUUUGUAAGGCGUCUGAACGAGCAACGCCAAGUAAAUGAACAGAAGGAUCUCGAAAAGGCCAUGCAGAAUACUCAUCCUUGGAUAAGACGCCUGUGGGAGGAAGAUCUGGAAAGCCAGAAACAACCAUAUUGGGGUUAUGCCGUCUUCUAUGAUCCCGAGAUCGGGCAAAACAUGGACGAGUCGCAGUUCGAAGAUUAUGAUUGCCGUAAGGGUGGUGUAUUGCGAUGGGCUAUGAUCGCGAUCUGCUGCGGGACAACUAUCAGGGCGCGGUGGUUGAUGCAGAAGCUAGAUUGGCCUGUCGAAGAUGUCUCCUCGCCACAAGAGACAUCUGUCGCACAGGUGAUAGUCAAUGAACAUGACAAUGACUUGGACGGUGAAGUCGUGGAUGUAAGCGAAGCCCGUGACGGAGACGAGGACGAGAACGAGGACGAGCAUGGGAACGAAAAUGGAAACGAAAAUGGAGACGAAAAUGAAGACGAAAGUGACGAAGAAGACAAGUCCAUAGAUUUGGACGAUUACGUAGACGAGGAUGAGAAAGACCUUUUCGAGAAACGUAAUGAACGUGAGAAAAAUGAACCUACAAGGCAGAACUUCGAGGACGAAGAAGAGGACGAAGAAGAGGACGAAGAAGAGGACGAAGAAGAGGACGAAGAUGAGGAUGACGGGGACGAAAAGCCCCAGAAGUUAGUUGCCAUAUUCCAAAAGCUACGGGAAGAGUUCAGGUUCAUUCGAAUCCGGCCGCGGAAAGAGAAGCGACGGGAAAGUGGUGAGAGUCAUCUGAACAAUAUUUUGCAGAACGUAAUUCUGUUCAUCGACCAAGAUUCCGCUGACUCCGUCACGUCAAAGUACAACAGUGUGGGCGGUGUGGGUUUGGGCAGUCGACCCAGACUAUCAUCCCGCUAUUGA